AUGUUUCUAGAUGUUCUCCCGUCGCAUCCGCAGAACGCGAUGGAGCAACUCGCAGGCCUCGCACUUGCCUUUCUCCUGAUCUCCCUCCUCCAUUGGUCGCGCAACCGUAGAGCCCUCCGCCUUCCUCCAGGCCCUCCGCGACUCCCGAUAAUAGGCAACUUGAACCAGAUCUCAGACGACUAUCAGCACGAGAUUUUCACAGAAUGGGCGAGGAAAUACGGCGACGUCGUGUACGCCCGGCUUCUCACAAAAGACGUACUCAUCAUCAACUCUGCCGCUGCCGCACGAGCGCUCAUGGAGAAGCGCAGCGCGAAGUACUCUGGCCGACCUCACUUCACGUACAUCCGCGACCUAGGUGGCUUCAGCUGGACCCUCGGGUUCAUGCAGUAUGACGACCGCUGGAGGCGCCAUCGCCGGUGGUUCCAGAACGGGUUCCAGGUGAAGAAGCGGCUUAAUAGCUACGUGCCGAUCCAGCAGCGCGAGACGCAUCGGUUCCUCGUGGACCUGCUUCGCGAGCCUGACGCUUUCAUGGAUCACUUCAAGCGCCUCGCUGCUGCAGUUAUGCUCGAGAUCGGGUACGGCCACACGGUGACGUCCGUCGAUGAUGCGCACAUCCGCAAAGUGGACAGUGCGGUGGGGGGUAUCCUCGAGGCGGGCAAUCCCGGCUCGAUGCUCGUUGACUUCUUUCCCGUCCUGAAGUGGAUACCCGCAUGGAUGCCCGGUGCGGGCUGGAAGAAGACUGCAAUCCGCCUUCGCCCCGCCAUCGACUCGAUGCACCUCGAUCCGUUCAGGGCGGUCGUGAAGGCGUUGACUGCAGGCACGGCGAAGCCAUCGUUCGCGACAGCAAUUCUGGAAGAGGCUCCCACAGACGAACCGCUCUUCCCGGCGGAAGAGAGGGAGAUGAGCGGCGCGGGCUAUGUUGCACGACGAAAGAUAUACGAGGACCCAGACGACUUCAAGCCUGAGCGUUUCCUCAAUAUCGAGCCCGCGCUCGCAGAACUACGUGACCCCCGCAAGAUCGUGUUUGGGCAUGGACGGCGAAUAUGUCCGGGGCGCUUUCUGGGAGACAGCAGCAUCUGGCUCGUCAUCGCCAACAUGAUAGCCACCUUUGACCUUGCCAAGGCACGCGACUCAGCGGGGCGGGAUAUCACGCCCACAAUGGAUUUGUUCUGGAUUCAUCAGCUGCCCUUCUUUGGCAACGUCCAGCAGCUGCCCGAGGAGUACCAGGAGUACACGUUCGCCGACUGGGGAAAGCGCUUCGGGGACGUCGUCUACGCGCGAUUCUUCACCACGCCCGUGCUCGUCCUCAACAACGUCCACACCGCCCACGCGCUCCUCGAGAAGCGCGGCGCGAAGUACUCAAGCCGACCACGGUUCACGUACUUCACGGACAUGCGAGUCCCCUCUCCUCUAGACCUCAUGCCAUAG